AUGGGGGUUAAUUCUCUUAAGAGGAAGAGAAAUAGUGCUAUUAUCAAGAAAUCUAAGGCGGACAUGUUUUUGAUACAAGAAACAAAGAUUACUAAUAUGGAGGAUGGUUGGGAUAAAAGUUUUUGGAACUCUCAGGAGAUUGGAUUUUCAUUUUCAAACUCUUUGGGUAGGUCGGGAGGUUUGAUCACAUUAUGGGAUCAAAAUAAUGUGGAGGUUGUGAGUAGUUUUAAAGGUGAUGGGUACUUGGGCACGAAGGUGGAGUGGAAGAAUAGUAUUUACUACAUUGUCAACAUUUACUCUUCUUGUCUUUUGAGUAAAAAGAAAGAGUUGUGGAAGAAGCUUUUAGAGUUGCAAAAUACCUUCAACGACGGUGAGUGGAUUAUGGGAGGGGACUUUAACGCUAUAAAAAAUUCUAGAGAAAGGAAAGGGAGGAUGGUGGUGCCGAAUCAUUGUGAAAUGGAACUUUUUUCGGAAUUCAUUGAUGAAAGUUCUUUGGUGGAUGUUCCGUGCAAAGGUAAAAAAAUUUCUUGGUUUAGCGGUGACGGAAAAUCCAUGAGUCGUUUAGACCGCUUUCUUGUUUCUAGUAGCAUCGUUUCUAAUUGGGGUGUGGUUGGUCAAUUAAUUGGUGAUAGAGACAUCUUGGAUCAUUGCCCGGAAGCCGCGUUUACUGUUCAUACGGUCACUAUUCACGAAAUUCUUGAAGCUUGUACGAAUUGA